AUGGCGACCAUUCCGGGAAUCUGGCGGUGGAUGAGAGUGCCGCGCCUCAUUUGGCAGUUCACAGAGAGUAACGUGCCCACUUUUGUGCUUCCCAACUCGAGCUUCGGGAUACUUGCAGCUCUCGCGGCCCCCCGUCUGACCGACCGUCCCGAUGCGCUCAGCGUUGCAGAGCUACUUCUGCAGGCGCUGCCGCGGGUCAUGCUGUUCAAUUGGGCCAAUGUGUUCGUGUUCGACCUCGCCAAUCAACGGCUGCCUGAAGCUCGACGCGAGGAUGAGACCAACAAACCUUGGCGGCCGCUGCCUUCGAAGCUCAUCAGCGCGGAAGAAAUGCGGCGUUGGAUGCUGGUGGCCAUCCCCGCAGCCGUGGCCAUCAGCGCAGUCCUCGGCGUCGGUCAUCAGAGUGCGCUGAUCCUCCUCACUACCUGGGCCUACAACGAUUUGCGCGGCGGCGACGAGAUUAUCCGUGACGUGAUCAUUGCCCUAGGAUACUGGCUGUAUCUCUCCAGCUCGCUGCUGAUCGCCGUCGGACCUGGCCACCACCUCUCGGAACAUGGAUACCGCUGGCUGGGGAUGAUGAGCGGGAUUAUCCUGACGACGAUGCAAGUGCAGGAUCUCAAGGAUCAGCCCGGUGACCGGACCCGUGGACGCCGGACGGUCCCACUGGUACUAGGGGAGACCUUUUCGCGAUGGUGGAUUGCGGGAUGCGUGCUUGUCUGGAGCAUCGCCUGUCCGCUGGUCUGGCGCUGCAGGCUGGCGGGGUAUGUGCUGCCUAUGGGCGGCGGGCUGUGGGUGGGCUUCCACGUGUUGCAGGGGACUAACGACGCCGCCGCGUGGAGAUGGUGGUGCUUGUGGCAGGGGCUGGUCUAUCUCACGCCGUGGAUGGCUGGCCGGUGA